AUGUCUGACAGAAAAUUUCUUUCAACGGAUACUAGCAUUUUAACUCAACGACUACAAAAUGCUGAAAACUCUAUAACAUUUCUUCAACGUGAACAUGCAUCAACACUUGCUAGUCUUCAUGAAGAAAUUGCCAAAUGGCAACAAAAAUGUAGUGAUCUGGCAUUUCAAUUAACGAUUGACGGUACUGUGAUUAAUUCUACAGAUGAUAGAAAACUUCGAAAAAUAGUUGAACAGCUUGAAAAUGAAUUAUAUCAAUAUAAAGAUAAAAUAAACGAUUUGAAUAAAAGUUUAGAAGAAAAAGAAAAACGUUUAAAAGAUUAUGAAAAUCGUCUUAUUGUAAAUGAUCGUAAACAUGCGUUAGAAUUACAUACACAAUAUGAUAAACAACGAGAACUUAAAAUUGAGCUUGAAGAACGUUCAAUAUUAACUGCACAACUUACAAAUCAAUUACAUCAGGAAAAACAACAUCAACAAAAUGUACGAAAUCGUAUUCAUCUUGGACAAAUUAUUUUACCUAAUAAAUCAAAUAAAUUAAAAUAUACCGGUGAACAACAGCAACAACAACAACUUCUGCCAUCCGGUCGUCAUAUAUCGAAACGUUCGUCAUCUCUAAGUAAUCAAACUAGUUCUGAUCAAGAGCUAACAAAAGUUUUGUUUGUUGGACGUCCACCAACUCCUCCACAACAAUUGCAACUACUUUCAUCUAAGAGUAUAGAGUCAUAUAAUGAACAAUUAUAUACAAAGCGUCAACGUCAGUUACUUAAUAAUAAUACAGAAAAAACGAAUUUGAAUAAAGUCACAUCAUCACGACCAACAAUUAAAUUGUCAACCGUUCUGCCACCCAUUAUUAGUAGAAAAAUGCCACUUAAAGCAUUGGCUACAAUAACACUUCAACGUGAAGGCGAAGCUUGA